GCCGCUCGAACGCUCACUCCACUCGCGGAAGUUCAGCAUUGCAGUUGAGCGCAGUCGAAGAGCUCCCGAACCCCGAAGCGCAGUGCGCAACAGUUAUCCAGUUAAAAAUUCGUGUCAAACACAGAGUGAUCUUUCGAGUGAAUCCCACAUUUUUUGUUCGUUCCGUUUUUUCGCGUUGUAAUUGAUUUGUUUCUUGACUGUCGAGUCGAAUAAGCAGCGCUCGAGUUUUUGCACGCUACGCUAAAAACGGAAAUAUGUCGUCCAAAGUGCAGGAAAACUGCAACGGGAAUGCUACCGCUCCAAGCAACGACACCGAUGGGGCACCGUCAAGCGCAGCGGCACUGUUGCCGCAUCUCGAAUCACUAGACCGGAUGCUGAAGCUGCCGGUGGUCGACGCAACCUGGCAGCAAACGCAGAACGUGUACGGCCGCGUGAAAGAUUCAAAUCCAUUGCUUAGUUGGGCGCUUGGGACGGCCGAAGAUGUUGUGUACCGGGCCGUUACUAUCUCCGCACCGCUGGUGCAACGGCUCGAUCGUCCACUGCAACUGGUAGACCAGACACUCGUCAAAGGCAUCGACAAGUUGGAGGUAAACGCACCAAUCAUCAAGGAGCAACCGGCCGAGAUCUAUCAACAGGCACGUACCCGCGUCAUCGAAACAGUUAAGCCGCACAUCGAGAAGGUAUGUGAGCUGCGCUCUGCCUCACAGCAGCGGGCCGCUUCGCUGAAAGACCUGUCGUGGAAGAAAGCUAACGAGGUGCUGGCAACCCAGUACGGUAGCCUGGCGGUAAACGGCGUGGAUACUACCGCUCAGCUUGCAGAACGAUUGCUUGACUACUACUUCCCCAAGCCGGAAACUGACGCCGAUGACGAUAACGUGCCAAUCUCUGCCAAGGAUGACCCAGUGCUGCACACCGUCCAGACGGUCGGUCGUCUCUCGAACAAAGUGGCCCGGCGUGUCUACCGCACCGUUUCGAAGCAAGUGAAGUCGUUGCGAAAGGAAGACGUUCGGGACUACGUUGCGACGCUUAUUGCCGUACUGCGCCUGACUCAGUAUCUGAACUUCAUCAACGAGAAACGGCAGUCGAUCGAAAGUGGAUCCGUGACCCAAACGAAGGAAGCAACACUACCGACCGUGUCCACCAGCGCCUCCCCCGCAACUUCUGCCAGCACGUCGGACGUGGUGGCCACCACGAAGAACAGUAAAACGCUCCAGCAGGAACAUAACUGAGAGAGAGCGAAUAGCGCAAGGAGGAAGCCCCGGAAUGUCAUAUAUUCCUUGGUUGUAGCAGUAAACUACAAUCAACGGGGGAAGCGUUCUUGGAGAGCUACUACCGAGAAUGAAAACAUGAUACCGUACAUCUCUCUUUCUCUCUCUCUCGUACUAACACUAACAGCUUCCCUACGCCAGACAAUCUAUCCCUUCUACCAGUAAGAGGUGGGACAUGUACCAUGGGUCAGCCAAAGUUAGUGAUAGCGUUAUGCGCCCAGAAAGGCUUUUCUAUGACACAGUAGAUGUGAAAUAGAGACACGGAACACGAUCCGAGAUGGGAGAUAAACGACUGCACGCAAUAGCAGUUAUCGUUAUAUUUUUGUUUGGUUUUUCGUAAAUUUUAAUGUAGCGUAGAGCAACUACCAUACAUGAUGAGCAAAGACAUUUAUGCACCUUAUAAAAAUCAUGAUGAGUGUGUGAGUGCGCGUGUUGCGGCGGAUUGGGCUCGGGUCGCACACCCCAAAUACCUCUAUCCACAUUUGCACCUGCCAAAGCGUGCCAAAGUGUAAUGUUUCGUUCUUCCCGCUUUAUUUUACUGGCGGCGGUCGUAUCACUCUGAAGCCACCUGGUUGCCUGAGGGUGCUUUAUUAUUCGAUUACUGUGCGAUUAUUCUAUUAGUCUAUAUUUGCUUUAUACAUACUACCGGAUCACUAGCGGGCGUCCCGAAAGCGAGAACCCUGCAGCGCAGUAUGCUUAAGGAUCGACGCCGCGCACUGCAUGUCAUAGCGAAUGCACCCUUCUUUGUUAUUUGAAGGCCUUUAUGUGGAAAUAUGCAUGUGUUUAUAUUUUGUCCAAUUCUUUAUGUUUAUAAUAAAAAACGUAAUGCGAUUU